AUGAGAUUGCUGAUAUCGGUGGCUUUAACUUUGUCUAUGCUGCUUCAGGCAGUUAGCGGUGCCCCCGCCGUUAACGACGCUAAACAGAGACCGCUUAUUCCAGACUCUACUGCACUGGAAACGCUAACUUCGACCCAUUUGAAGGAGGGCAGUGAUAGCGAAGAUCUGGUGGUUUACAAGGAUGAUCACGGGUUCAUAUACGCGAAAUUCGAUCUCGUGCAUCUGAUGAAGAUUUACGGUGGGGAAGCGGAUGAUGUUGAGAUCGGCGAAAUGGUGUUGAUGUCCACACAAUACUUCAACUUGACUCAAGGAGCAAUUGAUCUGGAGAGAGAUAGUGAAAAACGCCGUGUUAAGGCAUCGGAUGUGGAGUCUGGGUUCAAGAGACAGAGAGCCAAGUUUGUGUCCAUUGAGGUUUCACCCGAACAAUCGUUCGUGAGAAGUGCGUAUUCGUCUCGGAUGAGCAACGAGCAGCCGCGUGGAGCUGCAAGUGCUAGAAGUGCAGAAAAACCAACUUCUUUGGACGACGGGCACGAUCACGGGUUUAGACAUGACCCUCAAGACUCCUACGCUACGCUUGUGCAUGCGCGUUAUGGAAAGUGUCGUGGGGUCCACAAACUUGUUCUGAAGGGAGAGAUAAUUAAUCUUGAGAGCAAGGAAGUUGUUACCCAAUUCAAGGCCACAGGGAACAUUCCUGUGGAUCCUCUGGAUUACCGCGCCCACAGAACCACUCUGGAGUCUUUCAAGAGCUUUGGUCGCGAUUGCUUUGAAAAAUUGCAUCGUCUGGGCUCGUUGUUUGAUGAAGACACCAUUCUUGGAUUUGCAGUACUGAGUUUUGUGAUUUGUGCUGUUUAUGCGAUCAAGGACGUGAUCAAAGCUAAACUACAUGACUCUGAGGAGGAUGAGAUGAACGAGCAGGAGAAGAAGCAGAAACUGGUGAGGGAGUUGUUCGCGAAGAAUUGA